AUGUCCACCGAAACAUCUAUUAACGAUCUUUCCCAACAUGCACAUAAUGACGUAUCACCUAUGCUCAAGCCCAAGCUCCUAAAACCACAUCUGCGACCAAGCAAGCCGACGUGGUGGAAAACUUUGCUGGGUAGUCCAUAUUGGUCAAAGUCUAGGCCCAGACAGGGCCGGCCUACGUGGUGGGAGGUGCAGGAGGCGCUGGUGGCGGCAAGGGCGAGGUUGGAUGGACUGGUGGAUGAAGUGAGGGAGAGGGUGGUUGAGGAAGGAGAUGGCCGAAGGGGGUUGGUGUGGGAGAUGGCGAGAUGA